CGCAAGAAGAAUACAACUGUUGAUACCUCCUCGAAUAGUGGAGAGUCAGAACAGAAGAAACAAGACGUGUGUAUGAACUGUAUCAAGCUGAUGCAGGAAAACAGCCAACUUCGCGAACAAAUCGCAGUUAUGAAGGGGGAGGGCAAGCGGAAGCAGUAUACAAUUGCCCCGACCUUGUACACUUUCUACAAGAAUAAUGUCCAAAAGAACCGAAUUUCCAGAGCAGCCAGCCAGGUGACGAGUGGUCUUCUUGAUGCGGAAGAAGAGGAGGACAAGGGAGUGUACAACGAAGAGAUCAUUGCUCAGUGCGCGCAGCCGAUGCCCAAUCCUUACUUUGUGUCGGACGACUUUUUGGAUGCCUUCGAAAACCAGUGUAAUCAAGUGAAAUAUAUCUUCGCGUCCGAGCCGCGUUUGCUCAAGCUGAAAUCGCCGGUGUACGUUUUUGGCGAUUUCCACGGCAACAUCGCCGAUCUGAUCGCCUUCUCGAAAAUCCUGUGGCCUCUGGGCAUGCACCUCACCCCGGGCAGCUUCCUGUUCCUCGGCGACUACGUCGACCGCGGUCAGUACUCCAUCGAAGUUCUCUCCUACCUCUUCGCGCAGAAAAUCAUGCUUCCCGACAAGGUCUUCAUGCUCCGCGGCAACCACGAGCUCCGCGCGGUGAACGGCUGGGAGUCGUACUACGGCAACCGGUGCUUCCUGGGCCAGCUGAAGUCGCGCUACGGCGUGAACGUGGGCAAAAGCGUGUGGUCGAUGGCCAACGCGGUCUUCGACUACCUCCCCUUCGCGGCCUCCAUCGACGACGUGAUCUUCUGCGUGCACGGCGGCAUUCCGCGGCCGCUGUCGGCGACGGAGAGCGCGCUGGAGAGCAUCAACAAGAUCCCCUGUCCCACGGCGGUGCGCGUGGCCACCACGGACGAGCGGUCCAAGCAGAUCAAGCAGCUGUCCAACGACCUGCUGUGGUCGGACCCCGCGCAGCACGAGCAGGAGAAGCGGCUGGACCACACGGGGUUCGGAGAGGGCGAGCGAGGCCCCGGGGCGAUUUGCUAUGGAGACCGGGCGAUUCAGAACUUUUUGGACACGACGGGGAUGUCGCACAUUCUGAGGGCGCACGAGCCCACGCAGAAGGGGAUUAAUAUCAGCAAGGGAGGAAGGGUGAUCACGAUCUUCAGCACGUCGAGGGAUCACGGAUGCCAGGACGCGUUCUGCGGGUGUAUUCUGGUGGACACGGCGAACAUUAUCGCGAUCAACCAUCCCGAUGCGCAGAGAGAGGAGGAGCGACGCAAGCGAGGCAACAGCGAGGAUUCAGACACCAGUUUGUGCAUGGACGAGAUUGAAGACGAGGACGAUGAUGAGUGGCGUGUUUGUUGA